UCCGUAUCCUGUCGAACAAACAACCGCGGUAACCUCUUGUUAAGCUAACAAUUGCAGUAACUGAAACGUCCACGUAAGGAGAAGCCGGCCCCCAGUGCACGAAAGCACAUACAGCGCAUGCUCCGACCGGCAAGAGCACGACCCACCGCGCGGAGGAAGACCACGACCUUCAUCCCCGCGGCCACCAGAGGGCCUGGGCCCUAGCAGCAGGGCGCGCAGUCGCAGAACACAGCAGGAUGUACCACCCAAACCCGGAACAUCCAGGGGAUCAGAAGGGGACUCUGGCGGGGGUGAGGCGCACGCCGUUGGUGAACUGAGGCUCCCCAUCCGCCCAGCGCUGUUUUGCCAGCUUGCUCAAAUAAAUUCGGUCCUGAUGAACAUAAAUCUGGAUUGGAAAUCUGGAUUGGCUCUCAUAAUGUGUUACUGCCACCAAUAACAAUUUUGGUGCUGUGACUUGGAUAUAGGAUAACUUGGUCUGGGAUCCAAACUCAGGGGAGGCCCCCAUCUUUGGAUGGCCCUCGAGUGGAUGAUACCCAGUCCAAGACCUAUACUUCUGAACCUGAAAUCAGGCAAGUAGGCAAAAGAAUACUGCAGUACCCCAUAAUUUUUGUGCACGAAGAUCCAAACGAAGACUCAGGACUGAGUAAGUUUUGACACCGCGGUUCGAACGGCAGAACCUGAAUGGACUCGUGCUAGCAGGAUAAAAGGACCGGGCCGAGAUUCCCAUUGGGAAGCGGUUGGAAACCCUGACAAUCUGAAGGUCACUUUCCGGAGGAAAACUGAUGAGUGAAACCAUCUUUUGUAAUGAUUCUAAUGAUAUUUGUUACCCUUUUGUUUGUAAAGAAAAGUGGAGGAUUCAUUGCUCCUACGGGUAUCCCCCCCAGAGGUAUUUGAACCCGCAUUGCGUGUGGGGGUGGCAACCGGGAAAAUCAUAAAGGCAGAAUAUUUUUGUUGAAGGUAUAAAUCCUGAGAAGUGUUGCUUCCAUGUAAGUGAGCUCUGCCCAACGAAGGCUGAAUCCUUUGAGUGGUCUGUAGACGGACAGCAGUCAGGACAAGGUGUGGGCUGGGGAAGUGAAGGAUAAAAAGUUGGGAAAGCCUAUAAAUUAAGGUGGGUUAAAACAAGGGAGGUUCCCCUGAAGAAUACGGCUACUGCCAGGAAGAUGGUACACCUCGUUGCUCUCAGCAAAAGAGUAGACGGAGGAGGCAGAGAUGUAAUGCUGUGGGGAUCAAGGUUGGUGAACCACCUCCAGAACCUGCCCAUGAGGCCCCUCGAAAGGCUAGUCCCAAGUCAAACUAUCUCAGCACCUCCCCAACACCUCCCACCCCCUGCAGGAAGCAACAAAGGUAAAAGACAAAGUGAUCUCCAAAAACCUUGGGAUACCCGUAGUACAGGUAAGACUCCUCCAUUUUUCUCAGGCUUAACUUUAUCUGCAUGGGUAAUGGGAUUCCUACUGAUGUGGUUAGGGGUAUCAAAGGGAGAAGAGAGCCCCCAUCGACUUUAUAAGUGGAGUUUAAUUCUGUGGGAUGACUCUAAGACUCUCAAGACUAAUAUUACAGCAGGCUCACCUUCCUUUAAUAUAACUAAUUGUGAAUUAUUCGGAACGGUAGUAGGAUAUGGAGGAAACACGCUACACCACGGGUGUAGUCCCCAGAGACAAUAUUCCUGGGGGGCUACAAACGUGAAGGCUACCUAUUGGUGUCCUCGCUCGAACCGGGGAAAAAGUUACUGUAACUCUCCAGGACACUAUUACUGCGCAUACUGGGGCUGCGAAACCAUAGCCACUCCGGGAUGGUGGGCCACCCCUCCUGAUGAAUAUCUCAGAGUUACUUGGAUACCGGGAGGUUGCCGUGAGCCUACUUAUAGUUAUGAUGGUAGCGUAAACAAUGCUGGAACCUGUAAAUCUUUAGAAGUUACAAUAUUACAGCCUCAAGAUCCUGGAUGGGUGACAGGAAGAAACUGGGGUGUAAGGUUCUGGGAACCUGGAACAGAUAGGGGAGUACUCAUAUUGAUCAAAAAGGAAGAAAUAAGACAUCCACAAGCUGUGGGCCCUAAUAAAGCCCUCAAGGGACCACAAAUGGAGAAAUUAUCUUUCUUGGGCCCGACAAAUGCAACAUUCCUGGCUGAAAACAAUACCACAGUUGUAAAUACAAAUGUAGCCAAGGAGAACCCCUUUAGGAAGUAAUGCAAGCUACUUAUGAUACCCUGAAUAAGACUAUCCCUGAAGUGACUGUUAAUUGCUGGCUAUGCUACGAUGUAAAACCCCCUUUUUACGAAGCCGUGGGAAUCAAUAACACAUAUAAUUUGAGCACUGAAGUCUUACCCUCCCAAUGUUCUUGGGGAGAUAGGAAAAUAGGGAUAACCAUGCAACAUGUCUCUGGGACAGGAGCCUGCAUAAGCAAUGUACAGGGACCUAAACGAAGGCUUUGCAGCUCUUUCCAACCCACAAUCAACAAAACUAGCGAAAAAUGGGUCAUUCCACCAGAAGGGGCUUGGUGGACAUGUUCUAAAGUGGGACUUACCGCGUUUGUAUCUCUUACAGUGUUUAAUGCCUCCCGAGAAUUCUGUAUACAAGUCACUAUUAUUCCAAAAAUAUUAUACCAUCCAGAAAGUGUAGUCUUUGAUUACUGGGACACUGGGGCACAUCACAUUGUAAAAAGAGAACCUAUAACUGCUGUUACGAUAACCACAUUAUUAGGUAUUGGGGUGGUGGGGGCAGGAACUGGAAUAACCUUUCAUCCAACAGCGACAAGGGUUUAAUUCUCUGAGAGCAGCAGUAGAUGUGGAUUUAGAACGAAUAGAAAAGUCAAUAGCAGCAUUGGAAAAGUCUCAAACUUCAUUAUCGGAGGUAGUGUUACAAAACAGGAGAGGGAUGGAUAUCCUUUUCCUACAGGAAGGAGGGCUCUGUACAGCUUUAGGAGAAGGGUGUUGUUUUUAUGCAGAUCAUACAGGGAUGGUAAGGGACACCAUGGCUAAAUUAUGGGAAGGACUGGAGAAGCGUAGAAAAGAAAGAUAAGCUCAACGAGGGUGGUACGAGUCCUGGUUUAAUCGUUCUCCCUGGUUAACUACCUUAUUAUCGACAAUGGCUGGACCUUUAGUACUAUUAAUGUUUAUUUUAACCUUUGGACCCUGUAUUCUGAAUAAAGUUACUGGGUUAGUAAAGAAUAGAUUGGAAGCAGCGCACCUAAUGUUGAUACGAAAACAAUAUGAACGCCUAGCGGGGGAUGAGGUUGUUGAUAAAGAAACUCCCAUCCUCUCCUUAGCCUGAAAAACUAGUGCCCGGUUUGAUGAACAAAAUAGUAAAAACAAAAAGGGGGGAUUGUAAUAAACAUUGUAUAAUAAAUUUAUUAAUCAAACCAGUAGGGUAACCUGUUACAUUGUUUUUAACUUUUGUAACCUUGUAACUGGAAUGUCUCCAUAUCCUGUUGAACAAACAACUGCGGUAACCUCUUGUUAAGCUAACAAUUGCAGUAACUGAAAUGUCCACAUAAGGAGAAGACGACCCCCAGUGCAUGAAAGCACAUACAGCGCAUGCUCCGACCGGCAAGAGCACGACCCACAAUGCAGAGGAAGACUACGACCUUCAUCCCUGCGACCACCAGCGGGCCUGGGAAGACCCUCUAGCAACAGGACGUGCAGUCGCAGAACACAGCAGGUUGUACCACGUAAACCCGGAACAACCAGGCGAUGAGGAAGGGACUCUGGCGGGGGUGAGGUGCACGCUGUUGGUGAAGCUGAGAUUCCCCAGCUGCCCAGCGCUGUUUUGCCUGCUUGAUUGCUUGCUCAAAUAAAUUCGGUCCUGAUGAACAUAAAUCUGGAUUGGCUCUCAUAAUUUGUUACUGCCACCUAUAACAUGAUGAAGUACUCUUUUCAUUAAAAAAAAAAAAGCACUCGA